AUGGCAAACUCUUCUUUCCAAUUCGACCUUUCCCUGCACAACUUUGUCAUCCCGUACGGUGGCAAAUACCCCAUCUUCUUCUUCGGCAUCGCCAUCUAUCUCUUUAGCUUCUUCUGCAAUGCCACUCUGCUGCUUCUAAUCGUGCUAAAACGCAACCUGCACACCCCCAUGUACUACAUCCUCUUCAGCCUGCCGCUCAACGACCUCAUCGGCAUCUCCGCCAUGUUGCCCAAAGUGCUCUCCGACAUUGUCACCGAGAGCUACCGAAUCAGCUACCCCCUGUGCGUCAUCCAAGCCUUCCUGUUGCACAUGUACGGCGGAGGCAUGCUCUUCAUCUUGGCCGCCAUGUCGUUCGACCGUUACGUGGCCAUAUGCGUUCCCCUGCGCUACUCCGCCAUCAUGACUCCGAAAUUGACUUUGCGUAUCAUGGCGCUGGUUUGGGGGUUGGAUUUUUUCUUGAACGUGGUGCUGUUUUCUCUCCAAGCGCGCCUUCCCAAGUGCCGGUCGGUGAUUUUGAACGUGUUUUGCGAUAAUCCCUCGCUUUUGAAAUUGACGUGCGGCAACGCAGGUUUGAAUAAUAUUAUCGGGCUGGUCAACACGGCGAUCAUGCAGGCCAUCAGCGUGUCCGUGCAAGUGUUUUCCUAUGUUAAAAUCUUAAUCACAUGUUUGGUAUCCAAGAAACUGGAGACAAAAAUCAAAGCCGUCAACACCUGCGUGGCACAGAUGGUCAUUUUUGUCAUGUUCGAAAUUGUGGGCACGUUCACUAUUCUCUCGCAUAGGUUUCAUAACGUGUCGGCGGAUUUGCAGAAGAUAAUGGGCAUGUUGAUUUUCGUGGUGCCGCCGCUGCUGAACCCCAUCGUAUAUGGGCUGUACACCAAGGAAAUCCACAGCACUCUCAAGAAGAUGUUGAAAAUCAGGGUGGAUGCGGACGUGCGAUAG